UUCCAAGCUUCAGGAAACAGACGCCCCUGAAACCAAACUCAGAGAAGACGCCUGGCAAUGUGGCCGAACACUGCGGGGGUUACACGGCUGUGGUUUCUGUCACUCGACCGGCUUCGUGGUGACUCGGCGGCUCGACUCCGUGACUCGCACGUCCGGCCCACUAGCCUGGUUCUGUCCGUUAUGGGUCCGGCUCUUCAGUACUUCAUGCCUCGGCCCGGUCCUGACCCGAGGGGCGUGGCUCUGGAGCCGUUUGUGCACCAGGUGGGCGGGCACAGCUGCAUCCUGCGCUUCGACUCAGGGACCGUGUGCAAAGUGCUGAUCCGCCGUGAACACGACGUGUACCGCAGACUGCCGGCCGAGCUGAGACCAUUCACACCACAGUACCGAGGUGUGGUCUUGGUCAGAGUGGAACAGUCCAAGACAGGUUCAAUCCUACUGAUUGCCCACCCGGCUGGAACGAGCCAUGCCUCUGUGGCGAGGGUGUGCUGCUCCAAGAGGAACAGAGGCGCUUCCUUGGGGAGAGAGGGGGAGAGGGUCGGAGAUAGUGUAGGGAGCCCCAAAACUCGUGACGAGACUCUGGAAGCCCUAAAGCAGCCUUACAUGCUGCGGUUGCCUCUCUCGGGCUGCCCACCUCGAACCCAGGACCUGCUGGCACAGCUCAACCCCUGGGCAAGGAGGCUGUACCAGUACAGAGUGGAGCGACUGAGAGAGGAGGGGGAGAGAGAGUUUCUCCUCCUGGAGGACCUGACUCAGGGGUUCCGACUUCCCUGCGUUCUGGAUGUGAAGCUGGGGUGCCGGCAGCAUGGCGAGGGAGCGAGUCUGGAGAAGCAGAGGAGCCAGAGCAAGAAGUGCGAGCAGAGCACCUCAGCAGAGCUGGGGAUGAGAGUGUGCGGCAUGCAGGUGUUUCAGCUGGACUCUGAUCAGAUGAUUUUCCUCAAUAAGUACCUGGGGCGGAGCCUGUCUGUGGAGGGCUGUCAGGAGGUCCUGGGGCAGUUCUUCCACAGCGGGGCGCGGCUGAGGCGCGGGGUCAUCGCAGGGGUCCUGACGAGGCUUGGGGAGCUGAGGGAGAUCGUGGAGAGGCAGGAGGGGUAUCGCUUCUACUCCAGCUCCCUGCUUAUCCUCUACGAGGGGGCAGAGCCCUGCUCGGUGGACAGCGUCAGGUUCGAUGUGCGUCUCAUAGACUUCGCUCACACUUCCUCUCCUCUCCUCUCUAUCCAGCCCUGCUCGGUGGACAGCGUCAGGUUCGAUGUGCGUCUCAUAGACUUCGCUCACACUUCCUCUCCUCUCCUCUCUAUCCAGCCCUGCUCGGUGGACAGCGUCAGGUUCGAUGUGCGUCUCAUAGACUUCGCUCACACCUCCUCUCCUCUCUUCUCGUCUCACGACGGCGUGAGUCACGGAGGUUCGGACGCAGGGUUACUGCUCGGUCUGCGGAGCCUGCAAGGCAUGCUGGGAGAGAUUCUGAGGCAGGACCGGGAGGGAAGAGAAGGGCUGCAGAGACCCAUGCCGUUAUAGCAACCGUAUCCCCCCCCUGCAACGAUUCAACACCCCUCAUUUUCCACACUCCCCAUGUCUCAAAUAUUGAAAACGACUGUUUCAGAAACCAAUAUCAGUGCUUCAACCACUGGAUCUGAAUACCACAAGACACAAGGAGUUUAGCCUUAAAGCUGCGAUACAAACACACUGACAUGCCCGCUCUUAAACUGAUACCUCAGAUUCCUGCUGGCUUGUGUUGUUCAUUUAAUAAAAUCUAAACAAUACUGUAACCUUCUUGCAAUGCAGAUUGGAGUCAGGAACAGAUGUUAACACUGUGUGCUGAGUCUCCCCUCUGAGCACAAUGGGUGUUUCAUUCUCUCGUCUCAUUGUGUGACAGACCCUCCCUCCUCCCUGUGCCUCAUUUUAUAUCAGCUAAUUUGUGGCGAGUCUGUGUCUCUUAUGUUUGUGUCUGAUUGUGUUGAGUGUUUCAUUCUCUCGUCUCUGUGUGAUAGACCCUCCCUCCUCCCUGUGCCUCAGUUUUACAUCCGCUAAUCUGUGGUUAGUCUGUGUCUCAUGUUUCUACGUGUUGGGUGCCUCCCCCGAUCGUGGUGAGAUUCAUUCUCCCAGUUUGCUGUGUCCAUCGUACAGAGUGCAAGAGAAUGACUCUCAACAUGAUGAGACAUCUGACACGUAGAAACAUAUUAGAAGCAAUUCAAUCUGCAUAAAAAACUAAAAGGCAUAUAUUAAUCUGUUUCUGUAGAGCCUGUGGUAGUUUAAACGUUUCAGUGUGAGAUCUACUCUUGCAGUGAUAAUAGAAGUGUAGCUGUGCUGCUACUUGGUCAAAUAAUUGACUCUACUUUUACCUGAAGAAGAGACCUUUAAGGUCAUGAAAGCUUGGGAUUAAUUACUGUUUCGUUGGUCCGAUUCUCUUUGCCUAUCAUUAACUUCAGCACUCCUCUGUGCGUU